AUGGGCCUGUUGGGUCGUAGUCCCACUCAGGGUUUUCAACUUUCCCGAGUGGCAGGCCAACUCUCUACGGCUACAGACCCAUCUACGGAAGCAGCAGCAGCUCCCCAUCCUUCCACCGUCUACUCCUCCGACUCCACUCUUACCCACUACUUGUCAGCUUCGAAAUCUUUUACUCUGGAUCAUCCCGCUUAUUCCCCUAUGUACCCAGAUAGAGUUCCGGGCGGCAUUCCCCCGGCAGCCGCUCCCACUACUUCGAAUUUGCCUUCUUAUUCCUCCUGGAACUCAACCCUCGAUGUCGAAUCUUUCGUUUCCGGCCUGAAACGCUCCUCUGAUGUGCUCUACCAUCAGGCUAUAAUGGGUUUGGGCGCCCAUAACUCAAUUGGGCAAAGUGGAGCUUGGUACUCUACUGACUCUUUAGCCAAGCGUUCUAGAUUCGAGAGUGCAAGCUAUUUGCCUGUAUAUCCUCAGAGGCCAGGAGAAAAGGAUUGUGUCCACUAUAUGCAGACAAGAACAUGUAAAUUUGGGGAUACCUGCAUUUUUGACCAUCCUACUUGGGUUCCUGAGGGUGGGAUCCCUGAUUGGAAAGAGGUUCCACUCAUUGCUACAAGCGCCCUUCCUGAAAGGCCUGGAGAGCCAGAUUGUCCUUACUUCAUGAAAACUCAAAGGUGUAAAUAUGGAUUGAGGUGCAGAUUUAAUCAUCCACAAGAUAAUUUGGCUAAUACAGGUGCUUCAGAAUUUGCUGAUGGUUCUCCCUUACCUGAGAGACCUUCUGAGCCGCCAUGUGCGUUUUACAUGAAGACUGGGGAUUGUAAAUUUGGUGCAACAUGCAAAUUUCAUCACCCAAAGGGUGUCCUGGUACAAUCAUCUGGGUAUGACAAUGGUAACACGCAACCCUCUGAAUCAUUACUGAAGACUGAAGCAACAAUGGGAUAUAUCAAUUUAGCUAAGCCUGCUGCUCAUUUCACGCCAGCACUGUUCCACAAUUCAAAAGGGCUUCCUGUAAGACCGGGUGAGUUGGAUUGUCCAUUCUAUCUGAAAACUGGCAGUUGCAAGUAUGGCACCACUUGCCGUUACAAUCAUCCUGCUGCUGCUGCAAUUGGCCAUUCCAUUGUAGCCUCCCCAGCCACAAGUCUAAACAUUGGAGUCACUAAUCCUGCUGUCUCUAUGUACCAAACUGUAGACCCAACAUUUUCCCAAGCAACGGUGGGAGUGGGCCUCACAAUAUACCCUCAACGACCUGGACAGAUGGAAUGUGAUUACUACAUGAAAACUGGAGAAUGUAAGUUCGGGGAAAGAUGCAGGUUCCACCAUCCUAUUAAUCGAUCUGCACCAGCAUCAUCAAUGAAGCUCACGCUUGCUGGAUUACCUCGGAGAGAGGUAUGAGUUGUGUUUUUGCCUCUCAACAAUUCCAUGUUGCUUCUUCUUUUAAUAGUGUUGGGUGUAAUUUCCUCGUAUGA